AUGUUGAGAUUGCAAGAUACUUCAGAUGUCACCCAAUUUCUCUUUACCAUCUUUACCAUGGAAUCAGACAGCCCAAAUAAGGAAGCCAUCUCAGCGGUCGAUGGUUUGCUCGCAUGCCUUAUCUACCAUAACAAGACAGGCGAGCCAAUGGACCCAUUUGUCCAUAACCUCUGCCAACAACUCGACCACUACUGGGAGAGCCUUACAAGACUUGCAUUCACUCAUACUACCCCUUGCUUCACUGCCCUCUUCAUUUCUUUCAACUCCCGCACACACUUCUAUGAGCUAGCCAUCUUCACUUUUCGCAAUGUACUGGUAGGCGUCAAGCCAGAUUCACUCGAUGCCAUCUUCUCGCUCUGCAGUUUAUCCUACAUCGCUUCAUGCUGUCUGCGAAAUUACUAUAGUUUUCGGGGCAUUGAAGUCUGGCAAAAUGCUAUACGAAAUCCCCAAGAGCGUGAAGUUUUCUUGAACUUGGCUGGCGUUGUUUGGCCGCAAGCAUCCCUGACCCCCAUCGAUGAUGCCAUUAAUUCCCAGAUAUCAGCAGUCAUUGAGCCAAGGGCGACUACUCACCAAAACGCAACUACCCAAAGCUUCGUACUUAGUAACGACUCUGUGCCAGACGAAUGGCUGUUCAAUGGCUUUUUCAGUGCGGUUUGGGAGCUUGAUGUGAUACCCGAGUCGUUGGUUACAAUUGGCGUUGAGAACUUACACCGAACUUCAAGUACUCUCGAGGACUUACAAAGAUCAGCCAUUGUGUCUAACCUUAUCUGUUUCCUGACAGAAUGCGGGGAUCUGCUCCACGUUUUCUCCGGGCGUGGGGUAACAGCCAAGGACUUGUACUCCUGUAUCGCCUUCACCCAGGGAGGAUCCGAGGCUAAAAAUCGUGUUGGUUCUUGUGUACAACGUUUGAAGAAUGGUAGUUCAUCCCAAGAUCCGUGUAUGGCGGGGAUUUUAUCCAUUGUGGAGAGAUUCGUUGCGCUGGGGUACAUCCAGACCCCAGACGAGCUGCGAAAGUACAUGCUGUGCGUUGGUCGGAGAGUCAUACUUGAAGACGAAGCUCUUGCGACGUUUUGUCAGUCAGUCUGUGAAUCAACAGUCACUGUCACGAGACCUCCAACGCCUCCACGUGGAGGAGGUCGACGCAGGGGACUGGGACCAAGAUUGAGCCCAAGACGUGGGAUAUCCUGUGAGACCAAACACCCCGAGUUCCAGCUCAGCCCAGACGCCAAUGGAUUGGUUCAGGGUAGUGCGAUUGGCAACUAA